AUGCAUGGAAAGGUAAUUAAUACCUCAUUUUCUGAAGAUUUUCACCUGCUAGCAUUCUCCAGACAUCAGAAUGUCUCUUUUGUCCUUAUUGUCAGUAUUUUAUUUAUGUACCUUUUAUGUAUGUUUGGAAAUCUGAUUAUUAUAGCAAUUGUAUGGGCGGCACCACGACUACACACUCCAAUGUACUUUUUCUUGUGUAACCUGUCUACUCUGGACAUGGCCUAUGUUUCUAGUAUUCUUCCAAAGCUUCUGGACUCUCAAAUAACUGGGAAUAGCGGGAUUUCAUUCACAAGCUGUUGUACUCAGCUAUUCAUGUCUGUAGUAUGCAUAACUACAGAAUUUUUACUGCUGUCUUCUAUGGCUUUCGACCGUUAUGUGGCCUUUUGUCUCCCCUUGAAAUAUCCCAUCAUUAUGAAUAAUAUUGCAUGUAUUAUACUUUCCAUUACUCCAUGGACAUUUGAUACCUUGAAUGCGUUGCUGUAUAUAUUCCUGAUAUCUCAUCUAUCAUUCUGUAAUUCCAAAGAUAUCUCUCAUUUCUAUUGUGAGACGAAAGCCUUUCUAAGAGCUUCCUGCAGUGACAUCAAACAUGUGAACAUUGUGAUAGUGUCAGAAGGAUUUGCUGUAGGUUUUAUUGCAUUCGGUAUGAUUUUGACAUCUUACAUUUUUAUUAUAUCUUCUAUCCUGAAGAUCAAGACAUCAUCUAGAAGACUUAAGAUCUUCUCCAGUUGUUCUUCUCAUCUAACAGUUGUCUUACUCUUUUGUGGUUCUCUUCUGGGUGUUUAUAUGAAUCCGGACUCUAAAAGCUCCACGGAACUGGACAUGAUAGUCUCUUUGUUGUAUGUGGCAGUUGUGCCUGCCUUAAAUCCUCUGGUCUAUAGUCUGAGGAACAAAGAAGUCUUAAAUGUUUUAAGAAAACACAGGGUUAAUUCUUAA